CGCUUCUGGUGAGAAAAAAAGGGAGGGCGCACCACGCGCACGUACUCCCCCCUCUCCCCCCGCGCAGGCGCAGACCGCAGAUGCCAAACCCAGCCAAUAUACAGCGGCCAUCGACCGCUCAGUCGCGAGAGGUACCGGCCGGCGCACGCAACACUGCGAUCCGCACCCCCCACUUCGAUCGGUUACCAAGGAGGCGAGGUGCCUGUGCGAGAGGAAGGAGGACGAUGCAGGAGGCGGCGACGUCGUCGUCUCCGCUGCCGUCGCUGAGCAACGGCUACCAGCCGCUCCCGCCGCUGUACCUGGGGUUCCUGGCCAUAUGGGCGGCGUCUGGCUUCUCCUGGGCCUUCACCACGUGGAGGAACCGCCAUUACCACCAGGCGAACAACCUGCAGUGGAUCCUGUCCCUGGUGCCGCUGAUCAAGGCGCUCCAGAUGGCGCUCUCGUUCCUGUUCUGGUACUCGUGCGUGCAGCUCCAGACGUGCUCGCUGUGGAUGUCGUUCGGCGCGUACGUGGCGGGGGUCCUCUUCCAGACGGCCUCCUUCGUCUGCUUCGUGCUCAUCUCCCACGGCUACUGCAUCGUGUGCGAGCGCCUCUCCAUCCGGGAGAGGCGCACCACGGCCGCUCUCGGCUGCCUCCUGUACCUCAGCCUCAUCGGCUACAAGGCUGCGGUUCCCUAUUUCACAGCCAUUCUUCUCGUCAACUACUUCGCGUCGUUCUACGUCAUAUUCCGGCGCACGUCCCAGAACCUUGUGGCUCUACAGGAGCAGCUCAGUCUCGUAGAAGAGGAAGGCAUCCAUUCGUUGCAUGGCGCGCUCAACACAAAGUAUACCAUGUUCAAGAGGUUUCAGGGAACGAUGCAGGUGGCCGCAGUGGCAUUCAUCAUGGUAUACAUGAGGGCUGACGACACGCCAGAUAACUACUGGUUUCGCGUGCUAGUGCGCGAGUGGGUACAGUUCUGCAUCUUCAUGUACAUUGGGUGGAACUUCCGGAUCCCUGAGGCGUCACUCCAUCUGCCUGCCAUGCCCCUUGUGAAGUCAGCAUGGGAGAUCACCAUGCCUCCGCCUAUUUACAGCGUGGAGAUGGACGCAGCCGAUUUCAAGGGUCUAGUCUCGGAUCAGUGGCAUGUUGGAGUGAGGACGACUGAAGAGUCAGGCUGUUCUGCACAACAACCGCUACUGGUGCUGGUUCAGAACCCAACCCAACGACGGCUUGUCCUUCCGGUACAAGUUUCAGUUAGGCACAACCAGGUAUAAAGUUCGUGAAACCGGGUUGCUGAAGAUUGCCGUCGACCAACUGACGCGCGCGCUACAAAGCUGGCGCAAAAUAUAGCUCAGUUGACGGAGAAAUACUUCUUGCGAAAGAAUCGACAAUGUCCAUGGACGUACGAACAGUCAGACACUCACAGCUUCAGCAAUGAACGAACCACCUUUCGGCAUCUUUUAGACCUUUUGUUUUCCUCCUUGGAAGAAAUACUGAAAAGGUGUAUAGAUAUAGAAAUGGAAAAAAUGGUUUGUAGCUAGAUUGGAUUGAAAAACAAUCUUAUUUGCCAGACAAUUAGUGGAAACAAGAUCAACCGGAAGGUUGAUGUUCCUGGAUUG